CCGAAACUAAGAAUUAUGUUUAUUGAAUUUAAAGAGUGUAUAAGAAAAUAAAAUUGAAAUGUUGUGAGGGAGGAUGAGGCAUAUUACACACUCAUGGUCUGAGUCCGACCAUUCCAUGAGAGAAAGUUAUUAUGUUUUGGUCAGCUUUUUUUCUCUUUUUAUUGUGUGGGUAGAGUAAAAGCUUCAUUCAUUAUAUAAUUUAUAUAAAAAGUGACCAAUAAAAAUUUUCUGUAGCCUCCUACCCUUUCCAAAUUCCAAUGAGAACCUUUUGCCUUUUGGAACCCUAUAAAUUAACCCCUCCAUCUUUCAUUUCUUUUUCGUGCAUUCUGCCUUCAUUUAUACCCUCCCCUUUCAAGAAAAUCGACUUUUCAUCUUGUACCAUCAAAAUUCCCAUCUGAAAACAACAAAAUCUUGUCCCUGAAUUUCGUCCCAUUUCACUGAAGGACGUAAUUGUUGGACAAAUUACUUCAUUUUGAGGGUAGAUUUUUUCAACAAGAUUUCACUCCAUUCCCCUGUUCUUACUUCCCCUGUUUUCCCUUCCUCUGUUUUUUUUUUUUUUUUUUUCUUUCCAAGAGGACAUUAACACAGUAAAAUGUCCUCAACUGUGUGCCAAGGUUUGCAAUCAUGUCUUGAACCUAAACUCGCUGAACCACUGAUUCUAAUUCAGAAUUUGGCAUCUCCACAGAUAUCAACGGUUUUACCUUCUUCAUCCACUAUCAAUCCAUGGCCUCAAAUGCCAAAUGUGUCUCCACCACAACAUGAUAAUGAUGACAACAACAAUUACUACACUUUCCUUGAUUCCAAGCAUCAAAAAACCAAAGAGAAUGGUUCAUUCUGGAGCUCCAUAACUAGUCAAAAUUCCAAAAAACCGGCGCAUUCUGAAUCAGACAAAUUGUAUGUCCAUCCUCUGGUGAAGCGUUCUUCAUCCACCCUGAGCACAAAAUCCCUGGAAAUGUGCACUGAAAGCCUGGGAAGUGAAACCGGCAGCAGCAUUGGCGAAAGCAUCGACGAUUUGCCUUCCGGCCCAUUACCGGAAAGAUUUGGGUCUCUGGGGCGACAGAAGAAGAUAUACAGGAGUGCUGCAAGUUACCCGCCUCCGUUGACUUCAAUCAGCGGGUCAGAAGGUGUUCAAAUGAGGCCUCAUCGCGAAGGCGGCCGAUUAGUCCUGAAAGCCUUCUCUGUCACUUCAAGCAGCCCUCAUUUCAAAACAGAACGCUCCAAUGGAAGGCUAAAACUUUCAUUACUCAGGAAAGAAGAAGAAGAAGAAGGAAAUGAUGAUGACUUCAACGAUGAUGUCAUAUCUGGCCAUGAAUUACAAGUUGAAGAAGACCAACUUGCCAUUAAUGCUGAUAAUGAGGAUGAACUGGAAGUGAAUGAUGAGAACAAUGUGGGAUAUGAAGUUGGUGGGGUGGGAGAGUUUCCAAGGCCAAUCAGCAGCAGCAGAAGAUGCAAAGAAGGAGGAGGAAAUAAUAGGAACAAAAGGAUACCAAGUUGGGAGCCAUUUUGGGUGGCUAUUUCCUAAACGAAGCCUAAAAAAGGUCCCAAUCUUUGGGUCAUUUUUUUCUUCGUGUCUUCAAUUCAAGAUUUUUACUCAUUCCACUAACUCCAAAAAUAAUGGAGUCGUACUACCACGUUUGUUGUUUUAGGCUAUUAUAUCAUCAUCAUCUAUAUCAUUUUCGGUUUAUCCAGCCCGGUAGUUAUUAUAGUUGGUGUACCUUACUAGCCUAGUACGUUCUAUGUACAAGUAUCCUUUAAUUAAACCUAUGAUUUUAUGCAUGCAAAAAAUUCUUUUGUUUUGCUACUAAGUUACCUUGAUUUGUACUCUUUUGUUUUGUUAGCAAGUUACCUUGAUCUUGAUGCAAAAUGUGCAAGAGUCUUUUGGAUCAAGAUCAGGAAUCAUUCUAAAUCCCACAGUUAACCUUGUUCUUUAUGAUUGUUUGAGUAGAGAUCUCAUGUUAUCUGAAUGAAAUAAUCAACCUUCAAUCGCC